UAAACCAUAUAAACAUUAAAAGCCCUAGCUCCAUUGACAAAUGACAUAAAAUACAUUAGACUUGACAGUGGAUGUUAGCAAGAACAAAAGAUUUUGAAUUGAAAAUUUCAUAACUCACCUUCCCGAGCACAAGAUUCCUGCCGAAUUUUCGUGUACGAGGACCUGUUUCACCCAACCAGCAACGUAGCAUUUAUAAGCCUCCAAGCUCUUAAAGUUUUUCAAACUUUCGUGAGAAUAGGCUGAUUUUGUGUGGACAAGGUAGUUGUAAAUAUCAGGGUCAGGCAAAGACAGCGAAGACAGCGGGUCGAAAAACAUCGAUUUAGGCAUCAAAUAUGGAUCUGGCGAAUGGAUAAACUGAAGCUUUUCCACAUAACGCCUUUUAUGCAACGCAUCCAAUGAGUUUACGGCGUCAGAUAACACCGGGGCUUCCAUGAAUUGCUCUAUAACUUGCACGACUAAUUGAAAAGAAUGAGAAUAGGUCUAAAAAAUACGGACAAUAUGGCGGCCGGAUACAGCGACACGUCAUUUUGUGACGUAGGUGAGUAGGGUCUAUCGGCUACAGUCAGGUAUUAUUGGAGCCACCUAGCAUCGAGUUUGCAACGGCGUCUUCCCCAGUCCCCACCCCUGCUCUCCUCUCUCCAUGAGUCCGUCUCUCUCAGACUUUUUUUAUUCACCCAUUUUAGUAACGCAUAGUAACGCACGCCUUUCCCGCCUCAGUAACGGUAACGGCGUUGCCAAGAUGAGAAAAGUAAUUAAUUAGAUUACUCACAACUGAAAAAAAUAACGCUGUUAGUAACGCCGUUAUAUUCUAACGCCGUUAUUAACAACACUGGUGGACCCUGUUUCUUCUGUCCAUUCAGCUAUUACAAAUUAGCCUUGUUCAACAUGUGCGUGGCAGCUGGUAGGCUAAUAAAGCCCGCACUGAUUGAUGAGUAAUAUGUCGGUUCUGCGGUCUCAUUGUUGAUCUGCGAUAAGCCGACGGCAUCGCAGUUAAGCGCCUCCAGAUAGCAUUUAAUUAAGUUUGGCAGUCGGCAAGAGGCAGCAAGCUUACAGGUGCGCUAUCGAAACAACUGGAGAUGGAGGGACAGUCGGAGGGAAAAGAGAUAAGGGGGCUGGCAGGAGAAAGUGAGAGAAUGCAAGAGGGAAGGAUUAGCUGGAAGAGAGGAUGCUAAACAGUGAGCAGAGAGAGAGAGGGAGAGAGAGCUGUGUGAGUCCUCUGCCGGCUGUGGCUCACUCUCUGCCGCGAGGAGGGACGGAGCAUCACGGCAGCAGAGCGGGAGGCAGGAAAUGUGGAAUGGUGAGGUGGUAAUUAAGGGCACAACAGGAGGAGGAGGAGGGUAAGAAAAAAGUGAAUGAAAUAAGACUGCCGUUUAAUAAGGGAGGACGAUAAAGAGCGUGCGAGGAGGAUGGGAGGUAGACGAAGGGACGCGUAGCGACUGUGAUGGUCGAGGACCGGAGGUGGUAAAGUAUGAGGCGCAGAGAGGAAGCGACGAAGGAGUUAAAUUUUGAUAUUUGAUGGGGAGCAUGGGUUGGCUCCAAGAUGGAUCUGAACUCUACCUGUCUACCUGAGACGGAGUGCUUUGGGACCCACGUCUCUAACUCCUCCGUCCUUUGGUCCCAUCCUAUUCUCAGGAUGGAUUUACUUUUACAUGGUGAGUCCAAACAAAUGUAAUCUGGCAAAAGGAGGAAGGUUCCAGUGAGAAGCCAUGAAGAGAGGUGCCGAGUUCUCGGUGUAUCAGGGUGGCAGCCCGGCCCGACGCCCUCCCCAGCCACUUCCGGACAACCUUAACCUGCGACUCAAACAGCGCUCCCUUACCAACCUGACUCUACACGGCGAUGCCUCGGAACUGGACAAGCAACCGCCUCGUCUGUCCCAAAGGCAGAGCUCGUUGGUGUACCCGUCUUCGUCGCAGCGGGCCGGUGGUAGCUUGCAAGGCAGCCCCAAAAAGGAAGCGGCGACGAGAAGCUGCGCCCCUCGAGCUCGAUCUUUGUCACUCUCGCUCACUAAGAUGCUCUCACAGUCAGAGCACUCCCUCAUCCCCGUGCCUUGGCGUUGCACCGCCGCCAGCGGAAGGCCCCAGCGAGCUUCCUACGGCGGCCACCCGCGGGCCGAGCCUCUCCACAAGCCCAAACAGCAGGCGGGCGCCAAGGAAGAGGAUGAGAACCAGGCAGGGAAGCGAGGAGGCAGGGAGAAGGAGGGCGGCUAUUGGGCCGAGGAGGAGGUUUCGGAGGGAGGGCCUCGCGAGGGAACGGCUCAACUGGAUAAGGAAGUGAUCCUCACCAUGCUGGGCGACCUGGAGCAGGUGCUGCACAAGCAGCCUCGCCCACGAGAGGACCCCGAGACUAGACGGAUGAGAACGGUGAAGAACAUCGCUGACCUAAGGCAGAACCUGGAAGAAACCAUGUCUAGUCUACGGGGGACGCAGAUCAGCCACAGCACACUGGAGACCACCUUCGACACAACCGUGACCACCGAAGUCAACGGGCGGAGUCUCCCCGCCCUCGCCACCCGCUCCUCCCCCAUGGCCUGGCGCCUGGGCCAGACGCAAACGCCGCGUCUGCAGGCUGGCGACGCCCCCUCCGGCGGUUACCCCGCGCCCAGGGCGGGCGCGGCGAGCGGCGCCGCCACGACGGCGGGCCGCUACGGCGGCCACUCCGACCCCUCCAGGUUUGUGUACGGCGCCAACUUGAGGCGUUCGGCAGGGCCGCGGGGGGCGGAGCUGGGGGAAAAGGGAGGAGCAGGGCUGGAAGGAGGGAAGCAGAUGGAGGUGCCGGGGUACAUGAGUGAUGGGGACGUCCUGGGCAAGAACGGACGCAUGGAUGAGAUCACCAGCGGAUAUCUAACAGACGGAGGUCUGCAUUUGUAUGCGCGGAACGCCGGCCGAGCAUCCGACGCGGCUUCUUCUAGAGAAAUCUCUCACAGAGGAAGCAAAGAGAUCCAAGGGGACGUGGACAGCUGGGAUGACAGCAGCUCCGUGAGCAGCGGUUUGAGCGACACCUUGGACAACAUCAGCACCGACGAUUUGAACACACCCGCCUACUCGGCCGUCAGCUCGUCACGCAAAAGCAAGGGCGCUCAGUCCCAGAGAGCAAGCAAGUCCAAACAUGCCGAGCAGGAGGUAAGCAGCAGCUGGGUCGGAGCUGAAGACCUGAAAAAAGUGGAAGAGGAACUUGACCCUACCAUGGACCCCAACGGCAGCCCUUCUCGCUGGAAGUCGUCUUCCUCUCAAGGACAAGGCCAGUACGAGGACGCGGGUCAGAAGGCGACAUCGCUAUCGCAGAUAUCCCAAACAGGCUCACUCAGAAGGGGCAUGACAGCCCAGGUGGGCAUCACGCCGCCCAGGACGAAAAAUACCUCUGCCUCGCACAAAACCACAGGCAAGACCGAUGAUGCUAAGGCUUCGGAGAAAGGCAAGGUGCCCUCUAAGAGUUCUUCCGGCAUUCAACGUUCCCCCUCAGAUGCUGGUAAAAGCAGUGGAGAUGAAGGGAAGAAACCCCCUUCUGGCAUUGGACGCCCACCUACGACCAGUUCUUUUGGAUUCAAGAAGAUUCCCGGUGCGAGCGGGACUCUAAUAACCUCGAGUGGCGCCACGCUCACAAGUGGCUCAGCCACGUUGGGCAAGGCCCCCAAAUCAUCAGCCGCCCUCGGUAAAGGCACGGGCAUCGGCGGUGUGCGUAAGACCAGCCUGGAUGGCUCCCAGCCUCAAGAUGACGGAAUUCUCCUCAGUUGCGGUGGCUCUAAAGUAUCCCUUCAGUACCGCUCUUUACCUAGACCGGCCAAAUCCUCCAGCGGAGUGGUGGCGGGGCGCGGCAGCCACCGCUCCAGCUCCAGCAGCAUCGACUCCAACGUCAGCGGCAAGUCCAACGCAGCCGCAGCCAAGCGCAGGGACGCCGGGAAGGUGGGCUCGGACCGCUCCAGUCCAGUCAACGUCAACCAGACGGAUAAGGAGAAAGUGACGGUGACCGAACAGGAUCCGGGAAUGUCUACUUCGCCCAAGUCCAGCCCGACCUCCACUUCCACGGGCCUCAGGCAGCCGGGCUCCAAGUACCCGGAUAUUGCUUCCCCCACCUUCCGCAGAUUGUUUGGCACCAAAGCCAGCAGCAAGGCCAGCUCCCCGGGCACGCCCGAUUCUGGCAAGUGCCCCUCAAUCCUGGGCAGCCCGCACGGUACUCUGGCGAGGCAGGCCAGCCUGGACUCGCCCUCCUCCGGCACAGGGAGUCUGGGCAGCGCCGGCGGGCUGAGCGGCGGCAGCAGCCCGCUGUACGGCAAAGGCCCGGACCUCCUUUGCGCCGACUCCCCGGCGUCCAGCCCGGCGUCGGGCCUGUCGUUGCCGUCCAAUGCUCGGCCUUGGCCUGCCUGCAGCUCGUCCGCCGGCAGCAAGGACACGCUGAGCUGUCAAAGCAUGAGCAGUCUCCACACCAGUUCUGAGUCCAUUGAUCUGCCUCUGGGCCACCACGGACCCAAAGUUACGAGAACCGGCAGUGUCAAGUCCACCCUGUCCGAGGGCAUGCCUCUUGACAGAAACACGCUUCCCAAAAAGAGGCUGAGGUACCCGCCUUCGUCCAGGCAGACGUCCCAUGAAGAGGGGAUGGAGUGGCUCCGCUCCCACUCGACAGGGGGGCUUCAAGACUCGGGCAGCCAAUCCCCAAUGUCUCCACCGGGGGCUUCAUGUACCACGACUGGAAAAUACCACUACUCUAAUUUAUUGAGCCCUACUCACAUCGGGCAGUACAACCUGCCCGCAGGCGGCAGCAGCAGCAUGAGCCGUUCCAACAGCAUUCCCGCCCAGGACUCCUUCGACCUGUAUGGCGAGGGUCACCCGCUGGGCGGCAGCGCCACCUCCCUGGAGGAUCGUCCGCGCGCCAUCAGCCGCUCGGGUUCCUUCAGGGACAGUACCGAUGAAGUCCACGGAUCUUCAUUGUCUUUGGUGUCCAGCACGUCUUCACUUUACUCUGCAACAGAGGAGAAGGCACACUCGGAGGGCCAAACAGUCCAAAAUUCCACGCAAAUCAGAAAGCUGCGCCGGGAGUUGGACGCUUCUCAAGAAAAAGUGGCGACCCUGACGUCCCAACUGGCUGCCAAUUCUCACUUGGUGGCCGCCUUCGAGAAGAGCUUGAGCAAUAUGACGUGUCGCCUUCAGAGCCUCACCAUGACAGCGGAACAGAAGGAAACAGAGUUAGUGGAGUUGAGGGAAACCAUCGAGUCGCUAAAAACGCAAAACACCGACGCCCAGACAGCCAUACAAGUGGCGCUCAAUGGACCGGAUCACUUCCAUAAAGACUUGCGCAUUAGACGGCAACACUCAUCGGAAAGCAUGUCGAGCAUCAACAGCGCGGCUAGCCACUCCAGCAUGGGCAGCAUGGGCAACAAUGUUGAGGACAAGAACAAGAAAAAGAAGAAGAACUGGGUGGCUGAUUCCAUCCCGGCUCAGCUCCGCAGCUCCUUCAAGCACGCAUUCAGCAAGAAAAAAACCAAGUCGCAGUCAGCCCACGACGAGAUGGAGGAGAUGAGCGACUCGCUGCCGUCGUCGCCAAAACUGCAGCAUGACAACCGACAGGGCAGCGUCGCUACGUUGCGUUCUUCACCUUCUACCACAGACAAGUGCCUAUGUGAUAGUGAGUCCUCCCCCGUUUGGACGUCAAAGAAAAAGCUAAAUGGUCACGUGGUCUACAAACACCGGUCUCGGCUGUGCGAGUGCACCGAGGCCGAAGCCGAGAUCAUCCUGCAACUAAAAAACGAGCUGAGGGAGAAGGAGCUCAAGCUGACCGACAUCCGUUUGGAGGCGUUGAGCUCUGCCCAUCACCUGGACCAAAUCCGGGAAGCCAUGAAUCGCAUGCAGAAUGAGAUCGAGACAUUAAAAGCGGAGAAUGACCGUCUCAAGUCCAGCGGCGGCGCCACGCCGACGGCGACUCCAGCCAAAACUGCGCGGCCGCCCUCGGAGACCUCCAGCACGUCUUCGUCCUCCUCCCGCCAGUCGCUGGGCCUGUCCCUCAACAACCUCAACAUCACCGACACCAUCAUGUCAGAUAUUCUACUCGACGACAGCUACGAAGGUAACCUGCGCAAAGAAGGUCGCAGCGUGCGGAUAGUGGUCAGCAUCAGCAGCGGGCCGAGCACCACCAAGGGAACACAAAUGCAGGAGUAUCUGAUUGGCUCCAUAGGUGUUAGUGGGAAAACCAAGUGGGACGUCUUGGACGGGGUGAUCAGACGGCUCUUCAAGGAGUACGUAUUCCGCGUGGAUCCUGUGACCAGUCUGGGCCUGAGCUCAGACAGCAUCGUCUGCUACAGGAUGGGCGACGUGGUCCGCGCCCACUCCUCCGAAGUGCCUGAGCUGCUGCCCUGCGGCUACCUGGUGGGCGAAAGCAACGUCAUCAAGGUCAACCUCAAAGGCGUGAAGGACAACAGCAUCGACAGCCUGGUGUUCGACACGCUCAUCCCCAAGCCCAUCAUCCAGCGGUACCUCAACCUCUUAAUGGAGCACCGCCGCAUCAUCUUGUCGGGGCCCAGCGGCACCGGCAAGUCCUUCAUGGCCACCAAGCUGGCCGAAUUCAUCAUUUCUCAAAUGGGACAAGAAGUGAGCGAGCACAACGUGGCCAGCUUCAACGUGGACCAGAACUCCAGCAAGGAUCUGCGUCAGUACUUGUCCAACCUCGCGGAGCGUUGUAACUCCCAAGGCACGGACACAAAGCUUCCCACUGUGGUCAUUCUGGACAACCUCCACCACAUCAGCUCACUCAGUGACAUAUUCAACGGAUUCCUCAACUGCAAGUAUCACAAAUGCCCUUACGUCAUUGGGACAAUGAACCAGGGAGUUUCCUCCUCUCCCAACCUGGAGCUCCAUCACAACUUCAGGUGGGUGUUGUGCACGAACCACACGGAGCCCGUAAAGGGCUUCCUCGGUCGCUACCUACGGCGGAAGCUCAUCGAGAUGGAGAUCCAUAAAAACGUGCGCAGCAACGACCUCAUUAAGAUCAUCGACUGGAUUCCCAAGACGUGGCAGCACCUCAACGGCUUUCUUGAGGCCCACAGUUCAUCUGACGUCACCAUAGGUCCUCGACUCUUCUUAUCCUGUCCAAUGGAUGUGGAGGGAUCGCGCGUGUGGUUCACUGACCUGUGGAAUUACUCCCUGGUGCCCUACCUGCUGGAAGCUGUACGGGAAGGACUUCAGCUGUACGGUAAAAGAGCCGCGUGGGAAGACCCGUCCAAGUGGGUGAACGACACGUACCCGUGGCACGCCGCCGCCCCCACACAGCAGCAGGACGGCCAGUCGCUGCUCCAGUUGAGGCCAGAAGACGUAGGCUACGACGGCUACAGCUCAUCCAAGGAAGGGGCUUCGUCCAAGCAGGUGUCCCAGAGUGACACGGAAGGAGACCCACUGAUGAACAUGCUGCUCAGGCUGCAGGAAGCCGCCAAUUACUCCAGCGCGCAGAGCUGCGACAGUGACAGCGCCAGUCACCAUGACGACCAGCUGGACUCGUCGUUGGAGUCGGCGCUAUGAGACGCCGGACACGCCCGUAGUGCAAAUACAUGACAAGUUGUAGGAAAUUCUCCUGGCUCGCAGCAUCCUAAGUGUUAGCCAUUUAAAGUGCCAGCCGAGCUGAAGUCAUACUGUCGGUGUUCUAUUUUUUUUUUUCAGAAUACAACUUCUCAUUUAAGUGCACAAACUGUAAUAUUUUGGAUCCUGGGAACAUUACAGAUGUUUACAACUUGAGUCAGGAGAUGGGCAGGUACUAUUAUUGCUGUAUUUCUUUGUUUACAGAGGUGCUUCUCCACGACAUGUCAACAACCAAUCAGUCACACUGAGGGUACUGUGAAGAAAAUGGAUAAGUGCCAACGUUUCCCCUCUUUUGUGUUACUGCCAAAUCAUGCGCUAACAACAGCUCUCAAUGUAGAUUUCAAGAAAUAAGAUGCAAGUCGCUUGUUAAAGUCAAGUCAGAAAAGAAAAAAAAGAGCUUGACAAGGGAACAAUGAUUUUGGUGCUUUCUCGUUGCCUUAAAUGUGCAAAAAGGUUUUGGGGUCCGCAGCUUCCAUUGACUUUGUAAUGGCAAGAAGUUCGUAUGGAUGCUCCUUAGCAGUGCAAAAUCAGAGUUCAUGUUAUAUGUGAAUUCUAAACUGACCAAUAUAAAAUAAACUAUAAAUAUACAGUAUAUAGAGUUAACUAAAAGGGUGAGAGGUUUUGUUCGGUUUUUUUCUGCACAGUUGAGCUGGGCUCACUUGAAAUGACAGGAGCACAACCAAAUAUUUUUUUUUCUUGGCAUGCUUUGGAGCUUUUUAACAGGGACGGGAAGAGAUAUUUACCUUUACAGUAUGUAACCACACGUAUUGGACGGAAGCCAUUUUUGAUUGUCCUUUCUUUGAAAACGCGUGGGUUGGUUUUGCACAUUCGGGCGGGUUGUAAAUACUUCAGUCUUCUUGCACAGAGAAUCAAAGAUGCAUUCGCCCGGUGGAUGUUACACUAACCUGCUAAAAGUAAAUUAUUGUUUCAAAAAAAAAAAAAAAAAAAAGAUGCAAACAGGUGUGCGUCUCGUGAUGUGUAUCGACGCAGUAGGCACACGGUGUGUAGAUACAGUGGUAUGAAAAAGUAUCUGAACCUUUUGGAAUUUCUCACAUUUCUGCGUUAAAUCACCAUCAAAUGUGAUCUGAUCGUUAUCAAAAUCACACAGAUGAAAAAACAGUGUAUGCUUUAACUAAAACCACCCAAACAUUUAUAUGUUUUCUUAUUUUAAUGAGGAUAGUAUGCAAAAAAUGACAGAAGGGGGGGGGGAAGUAAGUGAACCUUCACAUUUAAUAUUUUGUGGCCCCUCCUUUGGCAGCAAUAACUUUUACCUGGCGUUGCAGAUAAGUCUGGGACAUCGAUCAGGACUAAUCUUGGACCAUUCUUCUCUACAAAACUGCUGUAGUUCAGUCAGAUUCCUGGGAUGUCUGGCAUGAAUUGCUGUCUUUGGGUCAUGCCGCAGAAUCUCAAUGGGGUUCAAGUCUGGACUUUGACUUGGCCACUCCAGAACGUGUAUUUUGUUCUUCUGAAACAAUUCUGAAGUUGAUUUACUUCUGUGUUUUUGAUCAUUGUCUUGUCGCAGCAUCCAUCCUCUUUUUAGCUUCAACUGUCUGACAGAUGGCCUCAGGUUUUCCGGCAAAACAUCCUGAUAAACCUUUGAAUUCAUUCUACCAUUAAUGAUUGCAAGUUGUCCAGGCCCCGAGGUAGCAAAACACCCCCUUAUCAUGAUGCUCCCUCCACCAUGCUUCACGGUGGGGAUGAGGGGUUGAUGUUGGUGAGCUGUUCCAGUUUUCCUCCAUACAUGAAGUUGUGUGUUACUCAUAAACAAUUCAACUUUGGUUUCAUCAAUCCACAAAAUAAUUUGCCAAAACCUCUGUGGAGUGUCCAAGUGUUUUUUUUGUUUUUGUUUUUUUUUUGCAAACAUUAAAAUGUUUUUUUUUUUAGACAGCAGUGGCUUCCUCCCAUGAACAUCAUUCUUGGCCAUAGUUUUACCUAUAGUUGAUGUGUGCACAGAGAUAUUGGACUGUGCCAGUGAUUUCUGUAAGUCUAGGGGUUCUUUUUUACCUCUCUGAGUAUUCUGCACUGAACUCUUGGCGUCAUCUUUGGUGGACCACCACUCCUUUGGAGAGAAGUAACAGUGCCAAACACGCUCCAUUUGUAGACAACUUCUCUGACUGUCGAUUGAUGAACAUCCAGACUUUUAGAGAUGGUUUUGUAUCCUUUCCCAUUUUUAUACAAAUCAACAAUCCUUGAUCGCAAGUCUUCAGACAUCUCUUUUGAUCGAGCUAUGAUGCACAUCAGACAAUGCUUCUCAUCAAGACAAUUCAUACCAGGUGUGUGUUUUAUAGUGAGUAGGGGAGAUUUAAACCCCUCAUCAGUGAUGAGACACACACCUGACUUAAAUUGUUUGGUAAAAAAUGAUUUCAAUUGCUGUUUGAGUCUCCUUAGGCAGAGGGUUCACUUAUUUUCCCACCUACUGUCAUUGAUUGCAUGCUGUCCUCAUUAAAAUAUGAAAACUAGGGUUGUUCAGCUCAUGUUUUUUUGCUGCCGAUCCCGAUAUUUCCCGAUCCGAUUGCUUUUUUUUUGCUCCCGAUUCAAUUCCAAUCAUUCCCGAUAAUUUUUCCCGAUCAUAUACAUUUUGGCAAUGCAUUAAGAAAAAAUGAAUAAAACUCGGACGAAUAUAUACAUUCAACAUACAGUACACAAGUACUGUAUUUGUUUAUUAUGACAAUAAAUCCUCAAGAUGGCAUUUACAUUAUUAACAUUCUUUCUGUGAGAGGGAUCCACGAAUAGAAAGACUUGUAAUUCUUAAAGGAUAAAUGUGACUUUGUAUAUUGUGACUAAAUAUUGCCAUCUAGUGUAUUUGUUGAGCUUUCAGUAAAUGAUACUGUAGCCAUUUAACUGUUCUGCCCAAAUGCAUGAUGGGAAGUGCAACCAUGACUGUGCGUAGUGGCACCAAUUGAUAUAUCUUCUCUGCGUUGGGAAAUAACAGGGUGUUAGGAAAAAGAUCAACUACUACCUUUCUUCCCCACAUCACCUCCCACGUUAUUUUUAAUUGCUGAGAGAGGUAUUGUAAGGCUUUAGCCACAUAAAAAAUGGCUCCAAAGGCUGUCAAAAUUCUCUCUACUCAUUAUACGCUGCCUUUUAGCGCUAUCUAUAGGUAAAACGGCGUCGUUAUAGAUUGAACUUGACAAUGCGUGAGUGGGUCGUGCAGCACAUGCGUUAAUUAUUUAACGUGAUUCAUUUUUAAAAAUUAAUUACCGCCGUUAUAGCCCUACUUUAAGCCAAAACUACUCUGGAUGAGUGUUGGGUGAUUUCAGGCAAAUCAGACUCUGUAUUUUCAUCUGUGUGAUUUUGACGAAGAUCAGAUCACAUUUGAUGGUGAUUUUAUUCAGAAAUGUGCGAAAUUCCAAAAGGCUCAGAUACUUUUUCAUCCCACUGUAGAAAAGUGUUCUCACUAAAAAAUAACUCCAACCUGCACUUUUCCAGUAGGCUCCCAUCUUUGCCGUGACAUCCAUUGGAAUUUGUUGUGAGAUUCUGGCUGGGCUGCAGAGGCGCUGGAGGUCACGCCACACCGUACUGUAUAGAAAAACACAACAGGUGCUACUUGUCAGCCAACACCCAUCCGAGUUAACAACCUCAGGACAAACCCACCGUCUACAAUCCUACCUGUUGUGACUUCACGCGCCUCUGCAGCCAGGCCUCCGAUUGUGUGUGAUGAGAGGUCCCUGCAGCUUUCCCAACGCUAACCGGUUCUCUCUCAAUUGGAAGCCCAUAGCAUUUACUCUGGUUUUGAGAGGAGAACGUUUGUUUUGCUUUUUUUUUUCCAAGUGAAACAUUUGUCUUUAAAUGUUUUAUAUUUUGUACAUUUGUAUGUAACAUAUCAUGUAAAUAGACAGAGACAGUGAUUUAACUCAUCUGGAGGAUUUUGUAGUCUUUGUAAAAGCUCUAAUAAUAAAUGGUAUUUGGUGUCACAUGAAAAAGCGUUUGUGUUAAAU